AUGACGGAGUUAGAUGCAGAUGGACAAGGUCGAGAUAACAGCUCGAACUUAUUUGUGAGAUUUCUUGGUCAAGUAGCUCAUCGAAUUAUAUUUUGUCCCAUAUUCAUCAAAAGAUGGGAUAAGAUGCCAGAGGAUAACACAAAAAGACAGUGGAAACUUAUUGAAGAAAAUUUUGAGUUUGAUUAUGCUGCUAGUGUCAAAUGGGCUCUAAAGACCUUAGGUGAUAGAUGGAAGGCCCAUAAGUAUAAUUUACGAGGAGAAUACUUCUUUCUUAACAAAAGAAAGGCAGAAAUUCUAGCUGCGAAUCCCUCAGACAUACCGCCUGUUGAAUGGACUGCUUUUGUGGAUCAUUAUAUGGAUCCUAAAACAAAGGAGAAAAAAUUGGGAAGACCUGUAUGUCGAAGCGAGGUUAUUGUAUCAACUUUGCUAAAGAAAGAUAGGAGAAAACUAGCAGAGCAUUUGUCUGAAGAUCAAGAGCAUGUUGCCACUGAAGGUAUUCAUUCAGAAGAGUUGGCUCAUCCGGAUGAUGCAAUUGGAAAAGUUUGUGGUCCUGAGAAUGGUAAGCGAGUACGUGGCUUUAGUAAUGCUGCAUGUCCCAGUGGUUUUGGUUUUGGUAAGUCAAAGCACAUCUUUGGAGGGGAAAAUACGAAGGUUCUAGCAGUGCAUUGCAACAGCAUGUUGCAGAUCUAG